UUAUUAUUAUGUGUAAAAUCACAUAUUUUAUAAUGUCUAUACAUUCAAACAGUGUACAGAUACAAUAAUUUAGUACAAACAUACAAUACUUACAUAAUAUUAUGGAUGUAAAAAAUGGUAUACAGAUGCCGAAUACGUACAAAUAUGUGAUUUAAUGUUUUAUUACACACACAACUCAUACGAUCAACUGCGAAAAACGUUUUACUUCCCCUGCAUAUAUGUACUGUUGUAACGCACUCUAGUUUUUUUUUUUAUUUAUUCUUUAAAAAUAAUAAUGGGCCCCACUGACUGGUUUUAAAGAAACUUAAUAAAUCUUGUAACUAUGGGCAGCGUAUAACUGUAUGAAUUACAUUUAGUUCGUAUUAAAUCCGUAAAAAUAUCUUGUACAACAUUUAUCGAUACAGUGUUAAAUAUUCUCGUAUCAUAUUUAAAUUAUUAUGGUGUCUAAUAUCACAGCGGUGAAUGGUUCGUCCGAAACCAGGACACAGUGUGCUGUUACCGAAACGAUGUUAAAAGUGAUGGACGAUCUCCGGCAAAAUCGCCCAAAGAAAUUUCAAGACCAUGAUCUGACCGGUAUAAAAGUGUAUCAACGGUAUAGAUCGUUACCGAAUAUACCAAUGCAGUCAGUUUCCGAAGGCGAGACGGUUCCGAUCGGUUCACAGUCAACAAACGCUGUGAUGUUACAGGUUUUCAGUGACCUUCGGGAAAAUCGUCGGAUAGUGGUCGACGAUAGUGGUGUCGAGAGAGCAGAGGCUCAAAGACUAAGUAAGUCGAUGCCCGACAUAGCGUUCCCAACCAAUGCCGGAGUCGAUGCACCUGAUGGGAUGCCGUUCACACAGAUGUCCGUUUUUCCGGAUUCACCGAGCGCGGAAACAACAGCCGACAGUGCAGUGAUGAACUUAGAACUCAUCGACAUCGACGCGAAGUCGUCUGCAUCGCAAACUUUUCCGCCGCAGGUUAAACCGGUCGAAUCCGACCGGGAAAAUCGUCGGAUAGUGGUCGACGAUAGUGGUGUCGAGAGAUCAGAGGCUCAAAUACUAAGUAAGUCGAUGCCCGACAUAGCGUUCCCAACCAAUGCCGGAGUCGAUGCACCUGAUGGGAUGCCGUCCACACAGACGUCCGUUUUUCCGGAUUCACCGAGUGCGGAAACAACAGCCGACAGUGCAGUGACGAACUUGGAACUCAUCGACAUCGACGCGAAGUCGUCUGCCUCGCAAACUUUUCCGCCGCAGGUUAAACUGGUCGAAUCCGACGCGCUUAGUUCGAUACGGGACAUAGCAUCGCAGUCAAUCGCAGGGGAUGCUGAGUCGAACAAUGGUUCGGCAGACCCUUUAGACCUGGAGACCGUGGCCAGUUUACAGGAUAUAGUAUCGCUUUGCGGCCACGAAAACGCCGCGAAAAUUAAAAAUUCAGUAACCGCCGCCAGACCUAAACGACGCUCACUAUGGAGCCGAGUGAAGAAAUUCGCUCGGCGAAUGGUUUGCUGCGGUCUUCCCGACGUAGACUGUCUAGACGAUAAAGAGUUUAUCCGCGACUUAGACCAUUAAAUAUAUUAUAGUUUUGUAAAUGUAAAUGUAAAUGUAACCUAACCUUGUUUUAUAUUAUAUAAAUAUUGCUAUAAAACCAUAAUCAUCUAUCCAUAAAUCUAUUUAUUACCAUGUCAGUAUUUGUAUCAUUAUGUCAUCAUUAUCAUUAUUCUAGAUUCUUCCUUUAUUUAAAUUAUUAAUAUGUAAAAAAAAAAAUGUUAUAUACUAGUCUUGUAACACACUCCAUAAUUCUAAUAAUAGAAUAAAAUAAAUAAUUGUAUGUACCUAUAUAUAUUAUUAACACUAAUAAACAUUUAUGAUUUGUAAUUUAUUUGGUUUUUAUUUGAUAUUAUUAUUAAUUGUCGAACGCUGGUGUAAAAUUAAUUUAUAUGACUGGUGGAAUCGUGUCUAUAUAUUGUACUGUUAGAAUUCGGGUUUGUUGUAACCUGUGUAUGAAUCCCACGAGGAACCUUUUAUUGAAUGCUUAGACUUUUUGCUUGAUGAAUAAAACAUUUUAUCAACAAGAAACAUCGAAAAAACCAAAAAGACUGCGAUUUUAUGAAAAGAACUUGCUCUCCAAGGAUAUUGAGUAAUCCAAAUUGCUAAUAUUCAGCUAAUUGUAAUCCAAAUAAUUUUAUAUUUUUUCCAGAGUGUUCUAUUUUGGAAUAUGGUUCUGUAAUCUAGAAUCCCCAUAAAUAUUGCUUGGUAGCGCUCAUUAAGCUUGUAUUGUUAAUAAAAUAGUGUAAUAAAAUUAGCUAAUAUUAUAUAGUAUAUAGGUACUCAAUGGUAUUACACGAGUACCAGGUAUCUAUAUGGGUAUAUGGCUGUA